AUGUCCGACGGCGUGCCUGGGAGUGUCGCCUACGAGCUCGCCAAUGCCCAGCCUGGUACCAGCAACUACCUCGCCCCUUGGGCUCUCUACGCGUUCGACUGGUGCAAAUGGCCUCCUCAGGGCAACGGUGCAGGGAAACUUGCCGUCGGCAGCUACCUAGAGGACGGUCACAAUUAUAUCCAAAUCCUCGAUACCCAGAUGGUGCCGACGCCCAACGAUGUCUACCAACCAGGCACCCCCAAGUUCAACCUCGAAUUUUCAAAGGUCGCCGAAGCCACACACUCUUAUCCCGUGACGCGCCUGCUCUGGGAACCACCCUCGUCUCAGAAACAGUCAACCGAUCUCCUCGCGACGUCUGGCGACCACCUUCGUCUGUGGUCUCUCCCCUCCGAGAGCCCCGUAUCGCAGAGCAACUCGAUUACGCGGCAGGGCAGAGACCCGGCUAUCACGAAAUUGACGCCUCUCGCGCUGCUUUCCAACUCAAAGACUCCCGAUCACACAGCGCCCCUGACUUCGCUGGACUGGAACACAGUCUCUCCGAGCUUAAUAAUCACGUCUAGUAUCGACACCACUUGCACGAUCUGGGAUAUUCCGUCAUUGACGGCCAAGACGCAACUGAUUGCCCAUGAUAAAGAGGUGUAUGAUGUGCGCUUCUGCGCCAACAGUGUCGACGUGUUCGUGAGCUGUGGACAAGACGGAAGCGUCCGCAUGUUCGACCUGCGCAGUCUCGAGCAUAGCACCAUCAUUUACGAGCCCACCGGCAAGGAUGAACGAGGUAUGCCCCGCCGAUUGCUACCAUCCCUGAUUUGUGAGACUAACCUGCGAUUACAAGACGCCAAUGGCGGACGCAUCAGCCCCACGCUCGCGCAACAAACCAUGUCGAACCCUCCCCCUCUGCUGAGACUGGCAACCUCUCCUCACGAUACCCAUUUGCUGGCUACGUUUGCGCAAGACUCCAACGUUAUUCGGAUCCUCGACGUAAGGCAUCCUGGACAAGCUCUUCUCGAGUUGCGGGGUCACGAGGGCUCUCUCAACUCCAUUGAGUGGUCGCCCACAAGGCGAGGAGUCCUGGCCUCGGGAGCAGACGACUGCCAGGUGCUGCUUUGGGAUGUCUACAACAACAACAACCACUCGCUCAGCAGUGGCCCUCCUGCCAAUGGUGCCGCCCAACCGGACAACACGCGAAGCCCGUAUGCCAGCUGGCAGUGCGACUACGAGGUUGGGAACCUUGCAUGGGUCCCGCACCUCUCAACCAACGAUCAGGGGGAGUGGCUGGGAGUGAGUGCCGGCAGAGGCCUAUGGGGCGUCAAGACGUGUGGACGGACCGGUGCCUGA